CGUUGAGUAGCCACCCUUCUGAGAGAGGCGUCGACGAGCUGAGGUUUGACCUAUCAAAAGAAUCCUGAUACAUUAUUACAAUGGCCACUGCUCAGCUCUCUCACUCUAUCAAAAUUCACAAAGCAUCUAAGGAAACCGUUUUUCCAUCCCAAAUCACUAAUGAGCAUGAGUCAUUGAUAAUGGUGAAGAAACUUUUUGCUACUUCUAUCUCAUGUAUAACAUAUCUAAGAGGCCUGUUUCCGGAGAGCUCUUACGGAGAACGCCAUUUGGAUGACCUCAGCUUAAAAAUCCUUCGAGAAGAUAAAAAAUGUCCUGGGUCACUGCAUAUUAUCAAGUGGAUCCAAGGUUGUUUUGAUGCUUUGGAAAAGAGAUACCUACACAUGGCAGUACUUACACUUUACACAAAUCCCAAGGAACCUGAGAAAGUGACUGAGAUAUACCAGUUCAAAUUCAAAUACACAAAAGAAGGAGCCACUAUGGAUUUUGACAGCAGUAGUACAAGCUUCGAAAGUGGGACAAACAGUGAAGAUAUUAAGAAAGCCAGUGUUCUACUGAUCCGUAAAUUAUAUAUACUGAUGCAGAACCUUGGACCCCUUCCUAAUGAUGUUAUACUUACUAUGAAACUCCACUACUAUAAUGCGGUUACUCCACAUGAUUACCAACCCCCUGGUUUUAAAGAAGGGGUAAACUCACACUUCCUGCUGUUCGAGGGGGAGCCUGUAAACCUGCAAGUGGGAUUGGUCUCCACUGGCUUUCAUAGCAUGAAAGUAAAAGUCACAACUGAGGCCACCAGAGUGUCUGAUUUGGAGAACAAUCUCUUUCAGGAGAACAGCACUACUGAGAUCGGUCAUCAGGGUCUAGACUUCGAUGAAGAAGAAGAAGAAUGCAACAGUCAUAUUCAAAGAAUGAAUUUUGCGUACAGUCAGCAAACUUCUGAGAUCUCCAGGAAGAAGAGGAAGGUCAGCGAACCAGUGAAAGUCUUCAUCCCUGACAGAAAAUGAAAGUUGGAUGUCUUCACUGCAUUUACUCUAAAAUGAUUUUAUUUUGCAACAAACUUGCAUGAAGUGUCUUAAAUAGGAAAGUUUAAGUUCCUAUCACCAAAACCGUUUACUGAAUUUGUUGCUCAACUUUUUUAGUCAGUUUACUAAGUGCUCAAU